AUGUCGCAAGCCAACCAGGUCGCUGUGGCCGGCCCCAGCUCUCUCAAUCUCGCGGAUCCAUCCCUCCCUGCCGGUGCUCGCAAUGGGCAACCGCACCAGAUUCCUCGCUUCCUUCUCAAGCUAUACGAAAUCCUCAAUGACCCAGCCAACGAGGAGCUCAUAAAGUGGUCGGAAGCAGGGGACUCAUUCUACAUAUACCAUCCAGACAGAUUCGCUCGCGAAUUGCUGGGGAAAUGGUUCAAGCAUCAGAACUUCUCAUCUUUUGUCAGGCAGCUGAACCUCUAUGGUUUCCGCAAGAUAUCGGCUCUCCAGCAAGGCCUGCUCCGAAUGGACCAUGAUACUGAGACGACCCAGUUCGCUCACCCCUACUUCCACCGCGGUCAGCCCGACUUGCUUGCCCUUAUCCAACGCAAACGCCAUCCACCCAGCCACACGCUUACCGAGGAGACUGCGGGUCUCCUCCAGGCUUCUCAGGAUGGCAAACUUUCCGCUCAGGCUGUCGACGUUCGUACCAUUGUAGAAGGAAUCAACGCCAUACGCCAUCAGCAACAAGUCAUAGCCGCAGAUUUGGAUGCGCUCAAGCGGUCGAACGACGCUCUCUGGAAAGAAGCUAUCGAGGCCAGGCAAAGGCAUGCCAAGCAUGAAGACACGAUUAACCGUAUCUUGAAGUUCCUCGCUGGCCUCUUUGGACGGGUCGUGCAGGGCAGUAGCCGGGAUCAGUUACAUGGUGAAGGACAGGCCCCGAGAGGGCGGAUGCUCAUGAUCGGCGACGGACGUCCUGGUCACGGCGACGGAGCCAGCGAUUUCGGCGGGAGUGACGCUGGAAGCAGGCCCGCUAGUCCAUUUUCUACCAGUAUGUUAUCCCCCGCCCAACGCACACACGCGCCUCCUAACAUGCUCUACAGCGUCAGAGCGAUUCGCAACCAUUGA